GCCCUGCCGUCAUCUUUAAGCGACGCUGGUAUUUUUCGUGUAGCACUGUUAGCGAGCAGCUAGCUAGCUCACCUGUUUGUUUUCUGGUCUAAAAAUGGCACCAACGAAAAAGGUGAAGAAAGUGGUGAAUCAGGAGGAGCUGCGGCGCUUGAUGCGGCAGAAACAGAGACAGACGACGGAUAAGAACCGCGUCGAGUCUCCGUUCGCUAAGUACAACAGCCUGGAUCAUCUCAGCUGCGUGCUGUGCGGGGUGCAGGUGAAGUCCGAUCUGCUGUGGCCGGCUCAUGUCCUCGGGAAACAGCAUAAAGAGAAGGUGGCUGAGCUGAAGGUGGCGAAGAGUCAACCAAUGCCUCCACCGAGCCAGCCGGUGAAGAGGAAAGCGACGCACAGCGAGGACGGCAAAGGGAAGAAGGCGAAAGCAGCGGCGGCAGCGGGGCAGUCUGAGUCCGGGCUGCCGGGGGAUUUCUUUGAGCGACCCGGAGAGAAAGCAGCUGGUUCUGCUCCUAAGUCUGCAGGUUUGAGUCUCUUGGCUGGAGUCUACGGUGGUGAUGAUGAUGAUGAUGAUGGUGAUGAAGCGGAUGCUGGAGAGGGAAGUCAAGCAGCAACCUCAAAGCCUGCUGCCCCGAAGGCUGAAGGUGAAGCUGCAGGGCUGCCAUCUGACUUCUUUGACAGUUCCAUCCCAUCCACACCCUCCAUCUCCCACUCUGGAUCCAUCCACAAAGCAGAGGUGACGGAGAAGAGCGCAAUCAAGAAGGACUCAAACAAGGAGAUGGCCGAGGCGCUGCCCGAGGGCUUCUUCGACGACCCGGUGCGAGAUGCCAAAGUGCGCAAAGUGGAUGCACCCCAAGAUCAGAUGGACAAGGAGUGGGACGAGUUUCAGAAGGAGAUGAGACAGGUGAACACCAAGUCAGAGGCCAUCGUAGCUGAGGAUGACGAGGAGGGACGCCUCGAGCGUCAGAUCGACGAAAUCGAUGAACAGAUUCAGUGUUACAAGAGGGUCGAGCUGCUGAGGGACAAGCGCGAUGUCGCGAAAAAUCAACCUCUGCCCAGGAGUGAUGAACAAAUGGAGACCGAUGACAUGAGUGUGGAUGAAGAGGACGACGAAGAGGAGCUGCUGGGGCUACUGUCCGGAGACUGGAGGGCUAAGGGGGCACUGGCAUAAAGUUCUGUGAAACAUUUUUCUCUAAAAUGUUUUCAAAGUAUUUGAGGUAUUUUUUUGUACAUGCUCUAAAUCUGUAAAUAAGUUUGUUAAUGGAUA